AUGACCCAGCUCAUGCACACGGUCUUUUCUGUACAGAGCCAACGCUCUGAGCACGGUCCAUUAGCCGGGCUCCCGUCGAAGGCGUUGUGUGGCCAAGACAGCACUGGCGAUCAUCUUCGGCGAAGUUCGGCCCAAGAGGCUCUGCUUUCUCAUGAUCCUCUUGACUGCGGAGAAAUGCGAUUCCGCCUUGUUGUCGCCGCCGUCGCAGUGCGUGCCGUCACCAACGCAGAUGGCUGCUCGCGGGUGCUCAACUGCUUCACAAGCUUGCUUUGCUUGUCACAGAGCAUGUUGAGCUUGUGUUUCUUGACAGGCAUCAUUUCGUCAACACUAUGUCUGGCAGUGGCACUUGGCAUUCCCACCCACUGCUUGCGGCCACCAAAGAGCGAGCGCUGCCAUGUGCAGCCAAGCACGUGUCAGCAACGACGUGCUUCUCGUACGCCUUCAGAACCUCCUGCUUGCUUUCGACAGGCGGCGGCGCCUCGAGCCGGACCACCAGGGAGAGUAUGCCAAGGAGCUAUUGCUGAUCUGCAGCUUGUGGCGGCUGGCGCGCUGCAACGCGGACACUCUUGCACGUCCUUGGGUGAAGAACCUGUAGAGGAGGAGGAGGCUGCGGAGUAUGCUUUCAUCUUGGAUCCGCAUCGCGAGCAGGUGAACCUCUCUUUCCGGGGCCCCAAGACGCCAGCCUGUCUGAACAGGUUCUCGGCCUGUUUGUCUGACCAGAGCACUAUAUCUGCAAAGGUUCUAUCCAGCUUGCAUCGUGCCAGUUUUCGGGAGUCUGGUUUCUUCUGUCGACGGCUUCUGCUUGCAGACCUCAAUCCCAACUUGAUGUGCUCUGUGUUUCUGACUCCACGCCAGAUCUUUCGUUGUGCGGCCCUUUUGGGUGCAGCAAACUUAGAAGGCCGGAGUUUGGAGCCCCCCAUGACCGCGAAAGCUUGCGACCUACUUGGCACGUGCUACUUGUCUGGGUUUGACAGAAGUAGCACUGAUACAGGGUUGAGGUGGACAGCUUAA